UCAUCCAGCGCGUAUAAUCCUCUCCACCGCUUUUCCUUCUCACACAGCAAAACCAGUGACCACAACCUAUCACCAUUUUCUGUAAUUUUGUCAGUGUUUCUGUCCCUUUCUUUUCUCUCCCCUCCAUUGUUAUUCAAUCCUUAAGCUCUCUUUUUCUUCCUUUUUUUUUUCCCUUAAAUCUUCUUCUUUCUGCAUAUCUGCAUUUUCAUCAUUUUAAUUUGUGGUUUUUUAAAAUUAUUAGUGAAGAUUUUUCAGUGUUUUUACACUGUGGAAUAUCCAGUUUAGUUUUAUGAGCAAAUCUCUGGUUUUUUCUUUAGAUUUCAUUAAAGUUUAAUUUUCCAGUAAAAGUUUGAUUUUUUUUUGAAUUUAGACUUGCAGAUUUUAAUUUCCUUCUUGGGUUCAUACCUAAUCUUCUCAAAUUUCUCAACUUUCCUUCAAAUUCAUCCAAUUUCCCACCUGGGUUUACACUUAAUCUUCUCAAAGUUCUCAACUUUUCUUCAAAAUCAUAAUACGCUCCAAAAAUACCUAAAAAAAGAAAAAACCCUCCAAGAUUUUUGAAAAAUGGGAUGUGCGCAAUCAAGAAUAGACAAUGAAGAAUCAGUAUCUCGCUGUAAAGAACGUAAGAUCCUGAUGAAAGAAGCGCUUUUAGCAAGAACUGCUUUUGCUGUUGGACAUUCUGCCUAUGCAAUUGCUCUUAAAAACGCUGGUUCAGCUUUAAGUGAUUAUGGCCAUGGAGAAACUUCACAGGAAUCAGCUCCUCCUGCUCCACCGACUACAGCCACUGAGCCGCCGCCACCUCCUCCACCGCCAGAGCCAGAGCCGGAGCCACUUCCUCCUCCACCUCCAUUACCCAACUUCACUCCUUCUCCUUCCCCUCUUCAGCGUUCUGUUACAAUGCCAGAGUUUUCGGUGUCGAAACGAGGUGUUUCAAGUAUGGGUUCUCUUGAUGAGGAGGAUAGUGGUGAAAGUGAAGAAGGCGGACCCCGCGUAGGUGGACCCGGACCCCAUGUAGGUGGUGUUAGUGAGGAGAAAAUUGGGAGGAGAGAAGAAGCUUGGGAUUAUUUUUUUAUGUCUGAUAAUAAUCAUAUGAUGGGUGAUUCAUUAGAUGAAAUUGAUGAGGAAGAUGAAGAAGAAGAAGAGGAAGAUGAAGAAGAAGAAGAGGUGGUGGGAGAUAGAGAGGAUGAGGGAAUUGAUUUUAAGACGCCUGAGAAAGCGGCGGUGGAGGUGGUUGGCAUGGAAAUGGGGAUCAAAAUGACUAUGGAUAUGGAGACACCACCGCCACCCGAUGCGGGAACGAGGCAUUUCGAGCACUCGAAAACCGCCCCGGCAGAAGUAUUGAGAGGGACUACUAAGGUGGAGAAUGGUGGUGAUGAUGGUGGUAGUAAGGCGAAUUUAAUGAAGGUUUUAGGGGAGAUUGAUGAUUAUUUCCUUAAAGCUUCUGAAUGUGUUCAAGAGGUUACUAAGUUGUUGGAAGCUCAUAAAUUGCAUUAUCAUUCUAAUUUUGCUGAUAAUAAAGUGCCCGUUGAUCAUGCGGCAAGAGUCAUGCGUGUUAUUACAUGGUCUUCUAAAGGCAUGCCCGAAGGAGGAAAAAAUGACUAUGAAGACAAUGAAACACUUGCGACGGUCUUAGAUAAAUUGAUGGCGUGGGAGAAAAAGUUAUAUGAAGAAGUUAAGGCCGGUGAGCUGAUGAAGAUGGAGUACCAGAGGAAGGUUUCAAUACUUAAUAGACAGAAGAAACGUGGUGUCAGUGCGGAGUCACUCGAGAAAACAAAAGCAGCUGUUAGUCAUUUGCACACUCGAUAUAUUGUGGACAUGCAAUCAAUGGACUCAACUGUUCUAGAAGUAAAUGAGUUGCGUGAUCAACAGCUGUACCCUAAACUUGCUGAAUUAGUUGACGGAAUGGCCAAGAUGUGGGAGGAUCUCAGCGUGCACCACGACAGCCAGCUAGAAAUUGCUGCAGAACUGAAAUCCCUUGAUGUCAUGUUAGCUCCCCGGGAAACAAGCAAGCCCCACUAUCAAUGCACCGUGCAACUCUCAAAUGUCAUCCAGCAAUGGCAAGAUCGAUUCGAGACUCUCGUAAACCAGCAGAAACAAUAUGUACGAUCUCUCAACAGUUGGUUGAAGCUGAACCUUAUCCCAAUCGAAAGCAGCCUUAAGGAAAAAAUCUCGUCCCCACCUCGGGUCUACCAUCCCCCGAUCCAAUCUCUCCUCCAUGCAUGGCAUGAUUCACUAGAGAAACUUCCUGAUGAGGUCACGAAAACCGCCAUCUCUUCCUUUGGUGCGGUAAUUAAAACCAUCAUACUACACCAAGAAGAGGAGAUGAAAUUGAAGGAAAAAUGCGAGGAGACGAGGAAAGAAUUUCUAAAGAAGAACCAAGCGUAUGAAGAUUGGUAUCACAAGUACAUGCAGCGGAAGGGUCCAGAAGCAAUGGAUCCCGAAAGAGGGGAAGACGGGGCCAAAAAGGAUCCGGUAUCGGAAAGACAAUUUGUGGUGGAAAGCCUAAGAAAAAGGCUAGAGGAAGACUUGGAGAAAUACCAUAGGCAUUGUGUUCAGGUUCGAGAGAAGUCACUCGGAACCCUAAAAACCCGCUUGCCGGAGCUUUUUAGAGCUUUAUCGGAAUAUGCUCAUGCAUGUUAUGAUGCUUAUAAUAAAUUGAGGGCUAUUGUGCUUUCCCAUGGUUCCGAUGGCGUUCCUUCUUGACAGUGUUAACCUGUAAACUGUAUUAUUUUUACUUUGUGUAAGUUAAUAUAUAGGUUGGUAGCAGCUUUGGCUUGUUUUUUUUCUAAUACUUGCAGGAUUUAGUCAAUCUAUUACCAUCAGGAGAUUUAGGGAAAAAAAAGACUACUGAAAUGUGAUGAACUUUUUUGAGAUCAACUCGGUCUUGACCGAAAUGUGAUUAGUUAUUAUAGGAGUCAAUAUAGCAAGAACUUU